GAACCCAACCCAGUACGCCAACUUCGUGUUUGAAUCUCGAGCGAUACACACGCGUCUGUUCUACUUGUGUUCGCAUUGUAUUUUCAAAUUUGUUUGUUUUUGUGUUUGUAUAAACAAGCUGUGUUCUUCAAACAUGUGUGAAAAAAGGAUAAGGAAAAUAAAAAGAGGUUCUCAAAUAGCCCGUCUGCGUGAAGCAAGACGCCUACAGAGGCUACAAUGGAUCCCUACACCACCACCAAUUGAAGAGGUUGCACCUCCACCUCAGCAGCCGACAGUAGAUAAGGCCGCUCAAAAUAGAGUCAUACUUGAGUUAGCAUGGAAAACAAUCGCUCUCAUGCAGAAAAACAGGCUCAUACAACAAAAGAUCGUUGCUCUACAAAAAGAAACUUCUGAAUUCGUUGCUGCUGUCAUGAGCAACCCUGAAAAUAAAAAGCGUUAUUUGGAACAUGUUCGUCUUUACACCGCUGGUCUCAUCACCUUAACACCUCCGACGGAUGCCCGAAAUAAGCCCUUAAAAUUAGAACCCAAAGUCUAAAUUUUUUUUUUUAAAUAAUGGAAUGAAGAUAUAAUGUGAGAAAUGAACAUAUUAUAAUAUAUUACUACUGAUUUAGAUUCAGGGUAAUGAUAGUUGUGAUCAGCUUUUGUUAUUUUGUUUAAGUACUUAUUGAUGAAGGUAAAUAUUUGUUAGCUCGUACUUUAUUUUUACCUUCCGGCAAUAAUCUUUAAAUGCAGUGUCUUAAUUAAAAAAGUUGUGGCUAAUAUAGGGAACCGUUUUUUCUUGUAAACAUAUUGAGGUUGUUAUACGAGGCUGUUGAUGUUUCUAGAUAUAUCUCUGUGUCAUUUAUUUAAUAGGAUUUGAUUUAAUAUAAUUGUAAGAUGAAAAUAUAAACAUUUUAAUUAAUAUUUUGUUAAUAAGAUCGAGUGAGUAGAUAAAAUGAAUUAAAAUAAACACAUUUAAAAUACUUUAAACUAAUCGUCCAAUGCCCAUAUGAGUUAACAUUUAUAGUUAGGAACAAAUUCAAACUAAUUAAAAUAUAAAAUCAACGGAAUAAUAAUAAUAAUACUUAUUAUUUGUUAUUUCUUAAGACUUAUUUUAAAACUUGUGAUUUUCGUCUAUUUAAUCAAAAUUUAGAAAUAUUUAGAAAUAGUAGAUGUAUACAUAAUAUUCAAUUUUAUAAAGCUGAAGAAGCUUAAAAAUACUCCUAGAGUGUAAAUUAAGUACUGAUUAUAAGCCGUUACCGUCAGUUUGUCCCUAAAUGUACUAAAUUUCUUGAUUUUUCAUAACAAGAACAUUUUUUUACUUUUGUGGUAUAUUUUUGUUUAUUUAGAAAGCAUUUAAUAGUUGUUAGUUAUCUAAGCUGCACACAGAACUACCACUGUGUUCAAUUUACGUACAUUAGGUGUAUAUUCUUUUAAAUAUUCUUUGUUCAUUGUUAUCUGUGCCAGUUUUUAGUAUAGAUAAAAAAUAACUAAUGUACGACUAUACUCGGUUUAAAAUUGAUUGUCUAUUUCAAUUUGAUUUGUAUAAAAUAAACAUAACUGUACAUAACCACACUUCGUAACAAGGCUACAAUGUUAUAGAACAUAUGAUUUUAAAUAUAUUUACUAAACUAUUUCUUAGUAAUUACAACACUGCUCUGUUUUACUUUUUGUAUUAAUCGAGCUGGAAUGCUAACAAACAUGAAGUUUUAUAUAAGUCAUGUUUACAUUCGAUCCUUAUGAAUAACUAUAUAGAUUAAUCUUGUUGUAAAAUUGAACGACAUUCAGAGACCUUAAUAAUAAAAUUUAUUUUAUGUAUUUCUUUUAAAAAAAUUAGGUCAUUUGUGCGAAAAAAAAUAAACACAAACGUAAAGAAAUACAAAUUUAAACACCACUUAAUUAAUACAAGUAAAAACAAAAAGAUGGGAGAAUUAUUUCGAAUAUACUUAGGUCGUUAUAAAGUAUUAACAAUAUCGUUAUUUGAAUUGCACAACACCCUAUUUAAUAUUAGGAUUAACUUAAAGUUUUACGCUUAAAAUUGUUUCAGUUUAUUAAUUAAUGUUAAUAUUAAUAAGUUUUCGUUGUUAUUUUUAAAAUAAACUAGUCUGA